GACAUCUGCUUUUUUGCAGCUGUUGGGUAUCACUGUAUCAGCGGCACCUCACUGACCAAGCUACCUGGUGAGAAGCAAGUGAUUUUUCAGCGUCAGAAAAAAAGAAGCUUCUUUACAUCAGUUGAGUCGAAAGAGGGGAAAAAGGAACAGGGGGAAAAAUGAGUUCCUCAAGUACAGAGUCCUUUAAAGCCGAAAUCUCAACUUUAUAUGACUAUUAUGAUAACUAUAACGAUGCUCCAAAACCGUGCAGUAAGGAAGGCGUCAAGAGGUUUGCAGCCUCCUUUCUACCCGUUCUGUACACCCUCGUAUUCCUGGUUGGGCUAAUGGGAAACGUUCUGGUCAUUGUGGUCCUGUUCAAAUACAAGAGACUGAAGAGCAUGACUGAUGUGUACCUGCUAAACCUCGCCAUCUCAGAUCUGCUCUUCGUUUUAUCCCUGCCAUUCUGGUCUUAUUUCACAAUAGACCAAUGGGUUUUUGGAACACCCUGGUGUAAAAUCAUUUCAUGGAUCUAUCUGGUUGGGUUUUACAGUGGCAUAUUUUUUAUUAUGCUUAUGAGCAUAGAUAGAUACUUGGCAAUCGUUCGUGCAGUGUUUUCCUUGAAAGCAAGAACUGCCUUCUAUGGCCUGAUUACUAGCCUUAUUGUAUGGUUAGUAGCUCUUGUAGCCUCAAUUCCUGAACUUAUAUUUAGAGAAUCUUUUAAUGAACAAAAUUAUACCACCUGCAAGCCAAGAUAUCCAGGCAAUUUCACAACAUGGAAACUCUUUUCCACUUUGGAAAUCAACAUUUUAGGGCUCUUAAUCCCUUUUAUCAUUAUGGCAUUUUGCUAUUCCAUGAUCAUCAAAACAUUAGUUCACUGUAGAAAUGAGAAAAAGAACAAGGCUGUGAGGAUGAUCUUUGCUGUCAUGAUUGUGUUUUUCUUCUUCUGGACCCCUUACAACAUUGUGAUUUUCUUACAAUCACUGGAAUUUACAGGAGUCAUUAAAGACUGUCAAGUGAGCAGAAAUCUGGACUAUGCUUUCCAGCUAACAGAAAUCCUAGGCCUUUUUCACUGUUGCCUCAAUCCAGUCAUCUAUUUCUUCAUGGGGGAAAAAUUCAAGAAGUACCUAAAGAUGCUCUUUAAGAACUGGCUGAUACCUGGAGAUAUUUGCAAAUGGUGUGGAGUUCACAUCGCUUACCACACUGAAUCUACCAGUUCAUUCCACACGCAGUCUACUGGGGACCAAGAUGCUCUGUAA